UUGACAGAGAGUGAGAUAGUUUCCUUGUGUGUCUGUGUGUGAUUUGUCUUCGUGUCCUUACCCUCUGUUUUUUAUUCGAAAAUUUUCAUUAUUCCCGUUUACCUAGCCAUGUUGUUGUUUGCAUCAUGUGUGUAAAAGGUUCAGUUAUGUAAAGCUAUUCAGACACGAAACAAUAUUCCAUAAAUUCAAUCAGUAUUCAUAAUUGGAAAGGGCCAUAGGCCAUGUACGAAGUAGCUACGCUACGCUGCUUUAGUUUUUGGCUGUGAUGUGUUUGUUGCUGGUGGUGAUGCGAGGUGCCAGAGCCGUGAGGGUAGGAUGCUAAUCUUUUAACCAUCCGUCAAUCAUCGCUGUUGAUGCGUUGCUAAGCGUGACCACCGCGACGUGCUAGCCGAUAUCAUCAUGGAUCCGUCAAUAUUCCUGCCGUACUCGCCGCCAAAUGGCCUUCCCCAGGAGUCGAAGCUGGCCACUUACAUGAACCGGUCCACCUCGACCCCCACGCGCGCGCUGGGGCAAACCCUCGCCAAGCUGGGGCUGGAAGAUUCACCCACAUUUACCAAGAAGAUACUGAUAGGGGACUUUGUUCCCAUGAACUACUUUGGCCCUCCGAGUGUGAUGCCAGAGUCCCCGGAAAACUCACCCCCCAAUACUAUGAUGAUACCUCCCAGCACACCUCAAGUGCACCAGGAGAAUGUGGGGGGAACCACAUACUUCUACUCGUCUGACAGUAUGAAUUCCUCAGCUGGCCUGAACGCCUCUGCUGGACAGACAUCCUCAUUUGCCAUGGGUGGAGACGAGUGCCUGGCCGGCGGAGUGCCGUCUCCGUACGCCACGCAGAUGUACCAGCCGACGCCGCCGCCCAUGCAUCUUACAGCCAAGCCAGGGCUGGCGGCGUCGUUCUACAUGCCGGACACGAUCCGCGCCGAGGUGUACCAGCGCAACGAAGACGUGUUCCUCACCACCGACCUGAGGCAGUACCCGGACUUGCCGGAAGCCGUGGAGAUGUACGCCGAGCUGACGCCGCUCGAGAGCGCCGCGCCUCACGCCCUGGCCACCUCCUUCAGGGCCACGCACCGCCGCUCCGCCGAGCACUACGCGCUACGACGCCUGCACAACCACUCGGGAGCGGUCUCGAAGCGGCUGGAGGUAUGGAAGAAGAUCGACCACCCCAACGUCGUCAAACUGCACGAGAUCUUCAGCACAAAGGCUUUCAAUGACCACUCUUUGGUGCUAGUGUACGACUACCACCCCGGCUCUGUCAGCGUGCAACAGAAGUACCUCGGCGGCGGCGGCGGCGCGGCCGGCGGGGACACGUACGACCCGUUCAGCAACGAUCCCGAUGCGCCGCGUCCGUACACUCACCAGAAAAACGCGAUGCUCCGAGCGGUUGCCCACGGCGCCUUACUGCCUGAAGCCGAGCUGUGGAGCCUGCUGGUGCAGCUCACGGCGGCGCUGCGGGCCAUCCACCACGCCGGCCUCGCCUGCAGGAGCCUGGAGGCGAGCAAGGUGGUGGUGAGCGGGUGCCGCGUGCGCGUGGCCUGGGCCGGCGCUGCCGACGCCUCGCCCGCGCCGCACUCCGACAUCGGACAGGCUCAACAGGAAGACCUGCGCGCUCUAGGCCGCCUAGCGCUUUCUCUCUGCGUUCGUUCGCCGACUUGCGACCUGCCGGCGGCCAUGGAACGCGUGGCCCGCACCUACUCCGCCGACCUCAAGAACCUCAUCCUUUACUUGCUGUCGACAUCGCCGGCUCGCCGCUCCGUCACUGAUCUCAUGCCCAUGAUCGGGGCUCGCUUCUACACUCAGGUGGAGGCUCUACAACGGCGGGCGGACGUCAUAGAGACGCAGCUGGCUCGCGAGGCCGACAACGGGAGGCUCCUGCGCAUCCUGCUGAAGCUGGGAGCCGUAAACGAGCGACCCGAGUUGAACAUGGACGCGUCCUGGUCGGAGACGGGCGACCGCUACAUGCUCAAGUUGUUCCGCGACUACCUGUUCCACAGCGUCACGGCGGACGGCAGGCCCUGGCUGGACCAGGCGCAUCUGGCACACUGCCUGAAUCAACUGGACGCCGGAUCUCCGAAUUUGGUGGAGCUGAUGUCGCGCGACGAGCAGAGCGUGCUCGUGGUCUCUUACGCCGAGCUGAAGCACUGCCUCGACGCCGCUUUCGAGGAGCUGAUGCUCGCGGCGCCACCCUCCUAACAUCCCGCGUCCCCGGCCGACCAGCCGCCCGAACACGCCCCCUCACACGACCGCCGCACCCCAGACAUGAUCAACUACCCGCCCCUCGUCAACCCCGACAUGCCACAUGUCAACCCCGACAUCCCACGCCCCAUGCCGGUAAUGAUGCCCAAUAACAACCCACUCCUCAUCGUCCAUCAGAUGCCCGUACCGUACUGGGGUAUGCCCGUACCCUCACCCUAUUUCCCGGGGCCGAUCAGCAACAACCAGUAUAUAAAUGACAUGUUUCAAAAUUAAGAAUUUUGAAAAUGGGGCCGGGUUUGUUAAGUCUAGCGCGAACCGUCAUUUGUAGGCCGCUUCUAGACUUGAUUAUGAGAAGGUGGCGUGAGUACUAGCCGUGUAACUUCUAUUCACGAUCACUAUGGCCGGGGUUUUAUUAGUACACUUUAAGGACUUGACUGUAAGAUAUUUUGACAAAAUUUUGAAUGUCAUAUGCGUGCCUUUAGAGACAACAGCAUUAUUUGGAUUAAUAUCUAUGUACUUAGACGUGUUAUAACAGCUUUCGGGCUGAUUCGGUAGCAUUAUUGUCUUACUGUCAGAGACUAUGUGUGUUUAUGUGCGUUUGGGCUCAGUGUUUGCCUCUCAUUGUAUUUUUAAGUUAUGAUUUUAUUCUGGUGACAAAAAGUUGCACGCGAAUUUUCUGCGAUAAAUAGUAUAGGGUUUAAUUAUAUAGUCAAGAACACUUAUUAUAAUCACAUGAUUGAAAUUGAAACAUCACAGACGGUUAACAUCAUUGAUUCUUAAAUUUUAUUGUUGAUAGGUACUCAUGAAGAAAAAAAAAUAUCUAACAAUACUAUGAUGAUUACAAAAACAUAGUUUGUUAGAAUGAGGCGGAGAUGUUUUGCACAAAAAUGCGAUGUAAAAGGGAUAGGCCUUACAUCGUGGAGAUAUGUUGCAAAGUGGUCUCGUAUAUAUUUUAGACGCAUUGUGCGUAACUGUAAUUAUAGGCGAUGAUAACGUCCGAUAUAAAAUUAUUGUUGGUGUGAUGGAUGGCCGCUAAAGAAUAUAGCGGUCUAUAAUGUGUAGCUAGCUGUCCCCAUGAUGUCAAAAGCAACCAAAUAAUAAUAAUAUUAACAGAAGUUAAAUCAAGUACAAGCAUGUCAUUAAAAUAUGAUCAAAUGAUAUUUUUGGCAGAAUUUUAACGAAAUUUUUGAACAUACAUACAGUAAACACAUGCUUAAGAUUUUUUAAAUAAAUAUUUGUCAGUUCAUGUGUUUAUGGGGUAAAUGAGAAAUAUAUAUUAUUUUGCAAGAAAACAAAUUAAAAAUUAAUCCCCUUUAUGGUCGUUGGAUUGUAUAUUUUGUAUAAAAAUAUAUUUGAAUCCCUAAAACGGCGGUGAGUUUGAGUGAUAAUAAUUAGACUAAGUGCCUGUUUCACCAUGUCUGGAUAAAGAUUAUCUGUAGGAUAUAAAUCCUGCUUGACACUCUCCGAAAUUAUGUUCUAGACAGUGUCGACAUGUUUUUUAUGACUGAUAAAUUUUAUACAGGUAUUGUGAAACUUGCGGUAAGCUUUAAAUAAUUAUAGUGUCUUCGUUUCCUAUCAGUUGAAUUUUUAAAUAAAAUAUGCAAUAUCUAAUAUUAUAAUGUGAUCAAUGUGAUGUAUUGAUGUAUAGUAUUUCAAUAAUUAUUCAGUAGCGCCGCAUUCAGACCCUCUGAUUUUGGUCGAUAAUGCACUUAAUAUGUAAUGUAAGUAAAUGUUUUUAUUUAUAUUUUACCAAUUUCACAAUUAUUUUAAACAGUCAAUAAAUUAUAAAUGAAGCAAUCUAAAUGUAUAAGUUCCGAAUGGGAUAGUAUUUUAGUAGUAUUAUAAAUUCACGUGAUUACAUGUCUAGAUUUAGAGAAUUUUGCCGUUAUUUUGUGCCUUUUUAAUUGUAUUUUCUUAUCCUGGUUUAUUAAAUGUAUUCGCAAUAAUAACUGUCAUCAAUAAUAUAUCCUCUUGUACGUAGAUUAGAAACAAUAUAUCGUAGCCUUAAAUACGGUCUGCAAUAAGAUAAGAUUUGUGUCGUUCAAUAUAAUGUAUAUUCAUGUUAUCUGUGUUGUGAACGAAUCGUUGCUUUUGUCAUCAUGGGACGCAAAACGCGUCUUUGUGUAGGAAAAUGUGAACAUUCCACACGCUUGUAGCUCGCGCUCUGUGCGGGCAUUGCGACUGUUUUAGGUGCAGCUUCCUUACCACCACCGCACAUUAGCAAUCUGCAGCAUUGCUUAUCAGAUUGCUAAUGUGUCUACGGUGGUAUGGUAGCAGGUGUAAUAAAUUUAUGGCAAUAAGGCUCUUAAUAAAAUAGUUCUAUCAUCGGCAGGCCUGACAAAGAGGAUGCACAUCUAGAUAGUUGUAGUGUACGGAAACGGUCACAAUAUGAGCAUAUUUUAUGCAAAACAAUCAUCAUCACACAUCGUACACAAUAGCCUGUCUAGAUGUGCUAGAUACUGUUUGUGCCCUCGGCCAGGCAAGCUCUUCUAUUCCUAAUUUUAUUAUUACACAUAUUACGCAUACAAUACACACAAAUACUGUCAUGUGUGUAUAGUAAAUCUAUCUAGGUAUCUAAGGAGUCCGGAGCUAGGGCACUGCUUCCCUCGCAGCGGGCAGGUCAGCUACUCGACCAUUGGAUGCACAUAGCCAGAGCCUACGGGUAUACGAGUAUUCGUCAAGUGAACGUAGAGACAGCCUCUUUAGUACAUGGUUCUAUAAAGUGCUCUGCCGAUGCCGGCGACAAAACCGACUUUGAUUGGCUCUUACGAUAGCUACUACUGCCUGCCCCCUGCAACGGAAGUAUAAGGCAGCUCCAUUAGCAGUUCAGCUUUUGUACCUUGUCCAACUCACACACCGUUAAUCUUGUGGCGGUUUCUUUGUUAGUCUGGGUAUAAAAGUGUGUCUAGUAAUGAAGCUGACUGUACCAGUGUAUUGUCUAUCCAUCUUCCUCUUGAAAAAUGAUUACUUAUUGCGGACAAGCUCCUUCAUCUCAUAAUUUUAUUUAUUUUAAUUUGUUGAUUUUAGAUUUAAACACGCACGGCUUAUUGUCUAGUUUUAACAUUUUGAAACUAACGGUAACGAUAAUAUUAUUGUUACGGUAACGCUUUUCUAAAGCGAUCUCAAUAAAGUGUAAACUACACAAUAAAGCCCAGUGAUUAUUUUAUCCCGUGACUAGUGUCCGUCUUUUGUUUUUAAUUAUUUAUUUUUAGUUUUCUUGUCCAUUUGUUUUAGCUAUUGAUUCCGAUUUAUACCUACUUGUGUGUACGUACAAUUUGGAGAAUGAAAAUAUUUUGGGAUGAUUAUGAUUACGUGUAGGCAUAUAUCUAUAUUAUAUUUAAGUGUAUAUUUUUUUCUAACUUACAAAUAAAAUUUAAUUAUAAA